CGGAGCGCGGAUUUUUUUUUUUUUCCCUCCCUUCGGACUUAAGGAGGGGCGCGCGUCCGCGAAGCCGCUGCGAGCUCGCGCCCCCCGUGCGCGCGCCCCGGCGGUCGUCCCGCAGCGCGGCGGAGCGGCGCUCGUGCUCGUCGUCCUGUCGCCGGCCGCUAGCGCCCCGGGGACGCCGGAGGGUCGCGGGGAGUCCGGGGCGCCCGUCCUUUGUGAGGGUGCGGGACGGAAUGUGGGCGCCGCGGAGGAGUUUCCUCUCCGGCUGGAACUCCGGGGCGUGUGGACCGACCGGGAGCCAUGGACUGAGGGCGUGAGCGGCGCGGCGCGGCGCGGGGCAGUCAUGACUUCUGCCGCCGAGCUUAAGAAGCCACCACUGGCUCCCAAGCCAAAGUUAGUGGGGACAAAUAACAGGCCGCCUCCCCCUCCCAUUGCACCUAAACCGGACAUCGGAAAUGCUAGUGUCCCACGGUUAACAAAGAAAACCAAACCGGCCAUUGCACCAAAACCAAAAGCCCUGACAAACUCGGUUGUUGAAGACAUCAAGCAGUCACCCUCCCAGAAACCCCCUGCGAACCUGGAGGAACGGGGGCCAGAAUUACCCGAAAGCACCGACAAGUGUAAUUGCCGAGAUGUCGGGGAUCCGCACGGUGAUUAUAUUUUCCCAGCGUGUUCCUGCGGUUCUGGGUGUAUUCGUGAACCUGGGAAUGGAGAAAGUCUGUGUGCAAAGCAGCUUGUUCUAGAGCCUCUGGGAAUGAAAGAAAAUGUAGAGCAUCGUCAAAACGGGGAGCCCUCUUUAACUGCAAAGAGGAGGAAUGGGUUUGAUUUGAGUGGUGCAAAGGGCCGGAGCCAGAGGGGUGUGAUUUUAAAGGCAGGCAUCUUAGAGGAGAAGCUCAAAGAGGUCUUAACACAACAGCGAUCCCCCUGUAGUUCCCCGAGGAAGCACAGAGCUCCAAACAGCGCAGACAUGAAUGGUGACUCUUGCUGCAGCCGACAGAUCAGAAUUGAAUUUGCAGAUCUGUCCCCUAACCUGUCCAGCUUGGACAGAGUUCCUGCUCAUCCCAGCUGCCACCCACAGCUCUCUAGGGAUGAGUCUCAAAACCUCGAGACUUGUCAAGCUGGCCAGAGCGCUAGCCACCCUCAUUCCUGUGAACUGGAGGACACAAAGGUGUCUUCAGAUGGAACUAGUCACAAGACAGAGGUCACAGAUCUUGGUCCUUUAGAAAUUCGCCUAUUACCUUAUACCUCCAAGUUUCCGACACCCAAGCCCAGAAAGACACGCGCUGCUCGUCUGCUUCGCCAGAAGUACGUAGAUACUCCUAGUGAAAGCACCGAAGGGCCAGAGGAGGCAGACAAUGGCUCUUCUUGUCUCCUUGAAGAUAGUUUGAAAAACAAUAAAGUCACUGUUCUGCACCAGGAUGUUUUGUGUGACCAGGGACAAGUGGACAAAGUGAAGCCAGCGGACCAAAGGGCAUUGCCUAGGGACUCCAAGAGUGACAGACAGGACCCAGUCAACUCCCGGAGCGCUGUGCGUCACGAAACGUCUUCUUUGGAAAAAGUGGCACCUCCUCCAGGUGCAGAUUCGAUUUUGAGUUCCGACAGCACAGCAGACCAUGGUUCUGGAAUGUUACCUGCUGGGGACAAAGAGGCUAGUUGUCUACAGUGCCCUGCUCAGUCUUUGAGCUUGCCUAAGCAAGUCAAAUUAUCCUGCACUGAGCAUCUGCCAACUACCUGUAACGUGGAAUCGUCUGUGCCUCAAAUACAAAAGGAGCCUAAAAUUGUUCCCAAGAAACCCCAGAGACACAGCCUGCCUGCUGCUGGGGUCCUUAAGAAGGCUGCUUCUGAGGAACUUGUAGAAAAAAAUUCUUACUCUUCAAGUAAAGAAGCAAAUUUGGAGAAAGGUCUCCAGAGAAAUCACCUGCAACACGUGGGCCCCUCAAACCACGGUAUGUCACCAUCCUCCUUGGAUAAGCCCAACCCGACUUCAGAAAAGCCGGUGUGGAAGUUACCUCAUCCUAUUUUACCUUUUCCAGGGAGCCCAGAAUCCUUGAAGCGGGUCACUUUAUCCUUAAAUAAGGAGCCUUCUAUUUCCCUAACCAAGCCAAGAGCAAAAUCCUUGUCGGCUGUGGACAUGGACAGGUGCGAUAAGCCUUGCAAAGAACCUCCAAAGAAAACUUCUUUUAAGAAGUUGAUUAACGUGAAGCUGUCCAUUGGUUUCAUAAAGAGUGACUUUCAGAAAUUUAGGUCCAAAAGUUGCCAACAUGGGGACGUCACGACAGGUCAUCUGCUCAGUAGAGAGCCAAAAGGGCUUGAAAGGGAUGGGCAAGGUUUGGGGACAGGAGACGAGAAGAGAGGUAAACCCAUCAAGGCAUAUUCUGCAGAAAACUGCAGCCCGGAAUCUCAGAAGGUGAAGUCCUGGGGCCAGACCAGUGCAGCUAAUGGUCACAGAGCUGAGUCUUUGGACGACCAGCUGCUCUCCAGGAUCUCAUCCUGUCCGGUGUCCUACAAGUCCAGUACAAGCGACUGUGCACCAGAGUAUGAAAAUGUGCGCCAUUAUGAGGAGAUCCCAGAGUAUGAAAAUUUGCCCUUCGUUUUGGCCGGAGGGAAAACUCCAGAGUUGGGGUGGCAGAAUUCCAGCAGCGUGGAGGACACGGAUGCCAACCUGUAUGAAGUCGAAGAGCCCUAUGAUGCUCCAGAUGGCCAGCUGCAACUUGAUCCCAGACACCAGCCUUCCAGUUCUGGAACAUCCCAGGAGGGGCAGGAUGAUCAUCUUGGUCUUGGUGACCUGCCCUCUGAUGAGGAAGUCAUCAGUAGUUCUGAUGAAGAUGAUGUCAGCUCUGAGUCCAGUAAAGGAGAGCCAGACCCGCUGGAAGAUAAACAGGAGGAGGACUCUGGCUCACAACACUGGAUGAAAAGCAAAGUCCAUCACAUUGCCAAGGAGAUCAUGAGUUCUGAGAAAGUGUUUGUGGAUGUGUUAAAACUUUUGCAUAUUGAUUUCCGGGAUGCAGUAGCCCAUGCCUCCAGGCAACUUGGGAAGCCUGUGAUUGAGGACCGGAUCCUGAACCAGAUCUUGUACUACCUGCCUCAGCUAUACGAACUCAACCGGGAUCUCCUGAAGGAACUAGAGGAAAGACUGCUGAGCUGGACCGAACAACAAAGGAUUGCUGACAUCUUCGUAAAGAAGGGGCCGUACUUAAAAAUGUAUUCCACAUACAUCAAAGAGUUCGAUAAGAACAUAGCUCUGCUGGAUGAGCAGUGCAGGAAAAAUCCAGGAUUUGCUGCGGUCGUUAGAGAAUUCGAGAUGAGCCCCCGGUGUGCCAGCCUGGCCCUGAAGCAUUACCUGCUGAAGCCAGUUCAGAGGAUCCCUCAGUACAGGCUGCUGCUGACAGACUAUUUAAAGAACCUCCUAGAAGACUCUGCAGAUCACAGGAACACCCAAGAUGCCCUAGCUGUUGUUAUAGAGGUAGCCAACCAUGCCAACGACACCAUGAAGCAAGGGGACAACUUUCAGAAGCUUAUGCAAAUUCAAUACAGCCUAAGUGGACACCAUGAAAUCGUGCAACCCGGGCGGGUGUUUCUCAAGGAAGGCACCCUGAUGAAGCUGUCUCGGAAGGUCAUGCAGCCCCGAAUGUUUUUCCUGUUUAACGAUGCCCUGCUGUAUACAACACCCGUGCAGUCUGGGAUGUACAAACUGAACAACAUGCUCUCCCUGGCCGGGAUGAAGGUCAGAAAACCCACCCAAGAAGCAUAUCAGAAUGAAUUAAAGAUUGAAAGUGUGGAACGUUCUUUCAUCCUCUCAGCCAGUUCUGCCGCAGAAAGGGAUGACUGGCUGGAGGCCAUAUCCAGGGCCAUAGAAGAAUACACCAAGAAGAAGAUCACCUUCUGCCCCAGCCGGAGCCUUGAUGAGGACUCAGACAAGAAAGAGGAAGUUAGUCCCCUUGGGUCAAAGGCUCCCAUCUGGAUCCCUGACACCAGAGCCACCAUGUGUAUGAUUUGCACAAGUGAAUUUACCCUGACCUGGAGAAGACAUCACUGCAGGGCCUGCGGGAAGAUCGUGUGUCAAGCCUGCUCGUCAAAUAAGUAUGGCUUGGAUUACCUGAAAAGGCAACCGGCAAGAGUGUGUGAACACUGCUUCCAAGAACUGCAGAAAUUAGAUCACCAGCUGCCCCCUAGGACUGGAUCUCCUGGGAAUCACAAGUCCCCUUCAAGUGCCUUGUCAUCAGUCUUGCACAGUAUCCCAUCGGGGAGGAAGCAGAAGAAAAUCCCAGCUGCUCUCAAGGAAGUGUCAGCAAAUACUGAAGACUCCACCAUGAGUGGCUCUUACCGAUCCAAGGGCAGCAAAAAGCCCUGGAAACACUUGUGGUUCGUCAUCAAAAACAAAGUGCUCUAUACAUACGCCGCAAGCGAGGAUGUGGCAGCUUUGGAGAGUCAGCCUUUAUUAGGAUUUACCGUCACGCAAGUCAAAGACGAGACUUCGGAGUCCAGAGUGUUUCAGUUACUGCACAAAGGCAUGGUGUUCUAUGUAUUUAAGGCAGAUGAUGCCCACUCCACCCAGAAGUGGAUAGAAGCAUUUCAGGAGGGCACAAUAUUGUAGCGAGCAGAACUGGCUUCAUUUCUCCUGUGAUUCCGACAAGGUGGAGGCUCGGCUCAGCAGAAUGGAGCUCAACAGCUAUUCAGAAGGCGUGUAAAAAUGAACACUGCCAAGAUAAAUCCACCCACAGCCAUUAGGAGACAAACUGUUUUGUUAGGUAUAUACAGUCUUAAAGGUGUUUUUCAUGUAUGUUAUUUAUUAAAAUGCUGAUGUUUACUUGCUGGUCAGGAUUGUGUCUGAGACUCACACUGAAUUCUAAAGUACUGUUUAGAGACUCAAACUUAUCUUAAUACUGUAUACCGCACACUCUUGAUGUACCGUCCACACUGUUGUCUCUGCCUUGUAAUACGACACUUUCGAUGUUGGGAAGUCUUUGCAAGUAAAACACACACAUUAAGUAGCACGUGUCUGUACAUCGUUUUGGUGUAGAAAUUACAAUUACAAAAUUGCUGGUGAAAACGCAUAUUUUUGAAUCACUAAACCUAGAUGAGAUUUUUUUUUGGUAUUGCAAUAGAGAUCCAUAUAGCCAUAGAGAUCCACAUAGCCACCUUCUACCUCAGUAACUGUCAAGUGAAAUCCCAACAGUCUGUACUGAUCACUGUGUCCCCAGCCUCACCCCCACCCCCCAGCCCCAUAGGAUCUUGCUGAUUGCCAGGCUGGCCUUGAACUAACUGUGUAGCUCAGGCAGACCUUGAGCAGCCUUCUGCGUCAGCCUCUGAGCGACUGGGUUAAAGGCCAGCACCACCAUGCUAGGUCUUUAUUGAAAACUGCCAGUGUAAAUGUGAUUGUUUUUCCCCCUUGGUUUUCUGAGACAGAGGCUCACUCCGGAGUCCAGGGUGGCCUGGGACUCACCGGCUUGCUUCUCAAGUGCUGGGAUUACGUAUGUGUGCCACCAUGCUCUGAUUAAAUAACAGAAUAUGGCAGGUGACAUGCUCCCCAAUAUCCCCUGCUAGUCUUAAGGGUUCAGAGCCCAAGUCAUUGGUGAAUAUUUAUAUCUAAAAGGAUGUCAUAUUUUCUGUAAUAUGUAUUUUAAAGGUGAUCUGGAAUCACUGUGUUUUUAAGGAAAUUUUAUGCCGCUUUGAUUUGUUCCCCUUGACUUUUAAAAUUCACUCUUCCUGUCAUCCUCUGUCUCCUUGAGACACAGUCCUUCCGUGCAGGCCAGGCUGCCCUCACCCAUCCUCCUGCCUCAGCCUCCCGUGUACGGGGAGUAUAGAUAUAUGCUACCACACGAGACUUUGCCAGUCAGCGUCCCUCUUAGGAAAGGUUCAUAGUCUUAAUUCUGGCACACACUUACUGUUUAACCUGUAACUCCCCCUGGCACACAAUGUUGUUGAUUGGCCGCAGAAGAAUGUGCUUAAAAUUGUUUCAGUGUUUAAGUAUUUUGUUGACUGAGUUUAAACCAUCAGCUAAAAGGCAAGGUUAUCCAUAAAAUACUAAAGGAUGCAAGAGUUUUCUGCUUCUUUAUAUAUGAUUUUAACUUAGUGUGAUGUCAGUAGUUGAGAAUUUUAUCCUGGAUACUGUUUCUUCAUCUUGAACACUUUCCUGAGAUCUUCUGGAUGCCUCUUGCUGCAGAUAAACCAGACCUGAGGUAGCAGGUGCAGUUUUUCUUGGCUGCUUCCGGCUGUGGCAUGAUUUGAAGCCCUGUACAAUCCCACACAACCCUGCAUGCAGCCUUCCUCGCAGCUGGAGGUCAGCCCAUUCUCUGAAACACCUUUUAAUCGGGUCAUAUACAUGUUUCCCAUGUAGACAUGGGUGGAAGAUGUGUAGUGUAUUCCUUUUGGAGACCAGGGUUAUUUGUACUUUAUAUUUCCACCUUUUGUCCUCUUUGAAUUCUCAGCCUCUGAGAUUUGUCAUGAGCCUCAAAAAGUCUAAAAAGUAUUAGCCAGUAUUCUGAAUCAAGAAACUCUUCAGAAUCUAAAUACAUAUGGAGAGAAAUUCACACACAAAGUAAUUCCUGUGUGCAUGAUUAUAAUUGCUAAUUGCUCAGUCUGUGGAAAGUUUUGGAAAAGACACUAUGCAAGCUCUCAGAUAGUGCCGCCCCUACCCCCAUAAAAAUAUUCUAAUGUGGUCCCUCCCUAAUCCCUUUAUAACCUAAUAAAAAUGGUCAAUAAUUUAUUUAACAUGGCUCAUUCAAUGGCAAAUAAGGAUGUAUUUAUAAUUUGCUAUAAAACUACUUUUAAAAAUAUUACUGAACCCAGAGUCUCUAAGCAGACACUGUACCCAUAAACUACCUCCAUUGUUGACAUUUAAGAGUGAACAAUACCAGUGCAGUCUAGUUACGGGGAACAUCUCAGUUCUGGAUCCCGGGAAUGUUGCUCAUUAUACAUACAUGUGCUACCGUCAAACCUUGCUCAGGUGUCUCCUAAGCUCAGCUAAAGAGUAACCUUAGACAAGAUGGCAGGCUGAGCUAGGAGAGGUGAUAGUCUCAGGGGCCCAAAGCGGUGUUCUUCCCGUCCUCAGCAUGUCCUAAGAGAAUGGAAAGGGCCAUUCCUUUACACCACUCCAUGUUUCUGAACCUCUUUCCAUUUUCUGAUGAACGAGUAUUGUUCUGCUUUCCCCGAUGGCCCGAAUUUUCUCCAUUAAGAAGCUUGAUUCUUGAUUUACUAACAUUUUUUAAAAAAUGAAGUCAGAGGACAGCAACUCAGAAGUAUGCUUUUCUUAGCAACCUAUGUAGUAGUCCCCCAGGAAUGGAGGAAGCAGCCUCUUAUUUGAGGACCUAGUGUGGGGCUAUGCCUUGAAUGUGCUUCGACUGAGCUCAUGGCAUUGCUGGAAUUUCCCAAGGGAAAUCCUAUCUCAUCGUACUGUAUGAUCCUUAAGGAUAGAUACUAGAUUUCUUUUAUCCAUUUCUCCUCAAUCUUCAGAUCUUUAGUUGAAAACAGUGAGGACAGGAUCCCCAAGGUGUUUCGUAAGACUUGCACUGUUUUUCUCAAGACAGCUGCUCUGCCUCAUCCUCAGUAUUGUCCCUGCCUCGGGGACACUGAAAUAGCGUCCAGAGCCUGUAUUCUAACUCGGAUCUUAUGCCACGCUCCCCCAUCCCGCAAGGCCGCAUUGGUGGCAUGGCUAACACUCGCUUUCCUCCUGUUCAAGCCUGUUUUCUUCUGCAAUAAAAGGACAACAGAUGGGCCCUAGAACCUGACUCAAGUCUCUCAUGUCCCUUCCAGCCUCCCUUCCUGCCGUUACAUCUCCCUUAGGGUUGCUGCAGCUUUCCGUCUGAGCUGGGGGCACAGGGCAGUUACACGCCACUUGCCUCCUGUAUAUGAGGCCCGGGGUUCAUUCCCUUAUCUAGAAAAACAGUUUUUUCUUUUUCCGAUUCCAGCGCCUCCUUUGUGUGAUCUGUUUUAAACCUUGCCUAAGCAAUGUGCCUAAAGCAGAACUCUAAUUUAAUUCCUAUUCCUGAAGAUGUCAGUGGCAUUCCCAGUUUGACACAGAACAGUGCCUCCGAUCCCAUAUACUCCAAGUGAACCCCCUUCAGCGUUUCUUAGUUCCCAUUGUUCUCGUGUCAAUCAACGUGGCUCUGCUUCCUUGUUAUCUGAUGGGGUCCUCUGCCCCUCCUCUCCCUUAGACUAGCUGUGUUCCUUCCUGUGUUCCUGGAAUCUUUUCCUGUGCUCCUGUCCAUAACCAGACCUGCAUCAUUCUUACCACGUUCCGUGCUUGAAGACAGCUUGCCUUGUUUGCUGGAGGGUUACCACAUCUAGGAAGAAUGCCUUACAUGCAGUGGAUAAAUGCUUGCUUGUUAAGUAUCUUCUACGGGUCCCUGGAAAGUAUCUUCAGUACACAUACUCUGGAGUCUGUGCCAUUUUGAAUGUCACGUUCUAAAUGGAAAUCUCUGCUGUUUUUCCCCUACGAGAAAGGUUAGUUCAGUCGAGGAAAGAAUCUUAAGAAGGAAGACAAGUUUAUGUACCACACUGCAAAGACAGCAGUGGUCCUGACAGUGAACCUGCCUGCUAGGAAACAAACAAAACAAAACAAAAAAUCCAACAGAGUAUGGAAAUAUUCUUUUUCCUUUGGGGUGUGGAGUGGAAGGAGACAACAUUCCCUUUCAUAGAAUUACUUGCUACAUGUGAGAACCGGUUUCAAAAAUACUUUUUAAAUGACUUUUAAUGUUUUUCUCAAAACUGUUUUUUACUUAAAGGGAUAAUGGUUUGUAUCUUACUGUUCAUAUAAAGAUGAUUUAUAAAUAAAAAUAGCAUUGUAAAUAAUGUUAAUAUGUAUUAUAAUUUAUACAGAAUAAAUUUACUAUAAUAUCUA